GCUUGAACAUCACCCCCACAAACAAUCAAACAAUUCAUCAGCCUGACCAACCGUGACCCAUCCAAUCGCUUCCAUCAAUAUGUCCACUCAACUUGACCGAGCGCUCAACCAGCGGAACCUCAUCCUCGCUUUUGCCGGCGUCGUGACGGCCGUCACCGCCUACAGCAUCUGGAAUGGCGACCUCUUCCCCAAGUUGACCGAGCCCACUGGCGAUCCCGAGAAGUGGUCCGACGCGGACAUGAGGCGCUGGUUGAAGAACAGGAAUCUCAUGUCCGGCUCUGCCGAGAGAGAGGAGUUGAUUGCAAUGGUCCAGGCCACGAUUCACGCGCCCACCUGAUUGCCUUUCAAUGUCGUGUCGUACGCCCAAGCAUCUUGACUGGUGGCGACGCAGGGAAUGACGAGAUGUACUCUUGACGCUUGACAUAAUUAAGGGAAAGCCUGUUGCAAUGCCAAUCUACUCACUCUUUUC